UGGAAUUUAUUUAACCGAUAAUAAAUAAAAAUCGUAAUUAAAUCAGUGUGUUGAUUCAUAGUAACAAUUUUGACACAUGCGCUCAUUGGUCGCCGCACAAUAACGUAUAGCCAACUCUUAAAUAUUCAGUGUCGUUCCGGUCGCCGUUGUGGACUCGGUGAAGUUAGUAGUGGAAUUUUACGUGUUAUAACAUCAAAAAAUGGCGUCUGGCGUGACAGUAUCGGACGCGUGUAAGACGACGUACGAGGAGAUAAAGAAGGACAAGAAGCACCGCUACGUGGUGUUCUACAUCCGUGACGAGAAACAGAUCGACGUGGAGACGAUAGGCGAGCGCAACGCUGAGUACGACCAGUUCCUCGAGGAUCUGCAGAAGGGCGGCACCGGGGAGUGCAGAUAUGGACUAUUCGACUUCGAGUACACGCACCAAUGUCAGGGCACAUCAGAGGCCAGUAAGAAACAGAAGCUCUUCCUCAUGUCGUGGUGCCCUGACACCGCCAAGGUCAAGAAGAAGAUGUUGUACUCCAGCUCCUUCGACGCGCUGAAGAAAUCUCUUGUCGGCGUACAGAAGUGCAUCCAGGCGACUGAUCUCUCCGAGGCUUCUCAGGAGGCUGUGGAAGAGAAACUGCGCGCCACCGACCGCCAAUAAAGCAAGCAUUUAACUACCGCCAUUACAGAGUGCCGCGGCCCGCGCCGGCCGCGUGCGACGCGAGCUCCUCUAGCGGCCGCCAACCGCAACAUGAGUCACUCUCGCACCGGCGGCGGCCCGCGACGCACGUGUCACGGCCCGCUCCCGCCACGCGCUCUCUUGGGUUUCUUUCUAUUAUUUCAAUUAGCUUUCCGAUGUCGAUGCAGCGGCGGCGCUGCUCUUAAAAUUAUAUAGCGAUUAAGGAAUCUUUAUGUAAUAAUUUAAAUUAUACUAAUUAUUAUAUAUAUUUUUCCUAUAAAGUAAAGAAUAAGUUAAGCUCAAACUAAAUAAAAUGCUGAUGGAAGUCGAAUUUUGUUUUUUCUACGAUCAACAACCGGUAGGGCUUUUAUACUGAUUAGAAUGUAAAAUAAAUACUUGGGUACGAUUUUUUAUAAGAUCGCCUAAUCGUUUCGUUUGAGAUUCGCUAACGUCGUAAGCUUAAGCCCCGCCCCGUCUCUGCGCGGGCGGACAAGUAUUUUGUAACCAAUUUAUCCAGAAAUACACUCGAUAUAAGUGAAAA